AUGCCGCAGAUUCCGCUUUUGAGCGGCCUUUCGCCCGAAGUCGGUCCCAUUGCCUAUGGGAUGAUGGGUCUGACAUGGGAUGACCCUAACCCACCCAAAGAGCAGAGCCUGGCCACCAUGCGAGCCGCGUUCGAAGCGGGAGCAACGCUUUGGAACGCAGGUACCCUGUACGGCACUCCUGAGUACAACUCGAGCCACUUACUGGCCGAGUAUUUCUCACGAUACCCCGAAGACGCAGACAAGGUUGUCGUCUCCAUCAAGGGAGCCACGGUUCCUCCUCCCAAAUAUAUUGACGGUACACCGGGGAACAUACGACGAGAUAUCGACCGUUGCCUUUCGGUCCUCAGCGGCAAGAAAGCAAUCGACAUAUUCGAGCUGGGACGAGUUGAUCCGCUCGUGCCCAUCGAAGAAUCUCUGCAAGCACUGAGCGCGCUCGCAAAAGAAGGCAAAAUUCGAGGCAUCGGUUUAACUGAAGUCAGCGCCGAAACCAUUCGUCGUGCCGUCGCCGUGAUACCGAUUGCAGCCGUCGAGGUGGAGCUCUCUCUCGCGGCUACCGACGUUCUUUACAACGGCAUCGCCGCGACGUGUGCCGAGCUGAAUAUCCCGCUCGUAGCAUGGGGCGCCAUGGGACGGGGCAUGUUCACGACCAAACACGUCCAGUGCAAUGCAGACAUUCCGGAGGGUGACCACCGCAAACACAUGCCGAAAUUCCAGGACGACGUGCUGCAGCAGAACAACCGACUGAUCGACGAGGUCGCGAAACUGGCCGAGAGAAAGCAAUGUACCUUGCCGCAAGUGGCGUUGGCAUGGGUGUCGACAUUGUCGCAGAGUAUAAUGCCGGAUAGGACGAGGUUACCGCUGAUCAUCCCGCUGGCGGGCUCGUCAGCACCGCAGAGGGUCGAGGAGAAUAUGAAAGCAGUCGACGUUAAGUUGACCAAGGACGAAAUGAAGGAGAUUUGGGACAUUUUGGAGGCGAAUCCCAUCAAGGGCGAUCGGUAUCCCCCGCAUAUUCAGGCGUUCAGUCAGUACUAG